AUGGCGGCUUCAAUGCACUCGUGCGGAGUUAAAACUCCAGGACUUGCCUUGAACUCAAAAAUGAUUGAGUUUGGCUCAACGGGGUUCGUGUCCUCUGCUCGCCUUUUCUCUAGAAACAUAAACCACUCUCGUAGGAACAACGUAGCUCUUAGAGUUAGGUGUGAAGCUGGGAGGGUGGAAUUGCUCGAGAGAAAAGACUCUCAGGCUUUCAAAGUAUGCAGCACCACUGAGAAAGAGCUUACCAGUGUAAUGAAAUUCGGUGGCUCUUCAGUGGCAUCAGCAGAAAGAAUGAAACAAGUUGCCAAUCUCAUACUCAGCUUCCCAGAUGAGAAGCCUGUUGUUGUGCUAUCAGCAAUGGCCAAGACCACCAAUAAGCUCUUAAUGGCUGGAGAGAAGGCUGUUUGUUGCGGUGUCACCAACGUCGACACUAUCGAAGAGUUGAGCUAUAUAAAGGAACUCCAUACAAGGACUGCUUAUGAGCUUGGAGUGGGAACAACAGUCAUUGAAGAACAUCUAGAAGGACUGGAACAGCUUCUCAAAGGCAUUGCAAUGAUGAAAGAAUUAACUUUACGCACAAGGGACUACUUGGUUUCAUUUGGAGAAUGCAUGUCUACAAGGCUAUUUGCUGCAUACUUGAACAAAACUGGCCACAAAGCACGCCAGUAUGAUGCAUUUGAGAUGGGGAUUAUCACCACAGAUGAUUUCACUAAUGCUGAUAUACUUGAGGCAACAUACCCAGCAGUUUCAAAAAGGUUACUUGGUGACUGGAACAAGGAGAAUGCAGUCCCAGUCGUCACAGGUUUCCUUGGAAAGGGAUGGAGAUCUUGUGCUGUGACUACGUUGGGUAGAGGAGGUAGCGAUCUGACUGCAACAACGAUCGGAAAAGCUUUAGGUUUGCGGGAGAUUCAGGUCUGGAAAGAUGUGGAUGGAGUUUUGACAUGUGAUCCAAACAUAUACUGCGGAGCUCAACCUGUUCCACACUUGACAUUUGAUGAGGCAGCUGAACUUGCUUACUUUGGUGCCCAGGUGUUGCAUCCACUCUCCAUGCGGCCAGCGAGAGAAGGUAACAUUCCUGUGAGGGUUAAGAACUCUUACAAUCCCACUGCUCCAGGAACUGUCAUCACCAGAUCAAGAGACAUGAGCAAGGCUGUAUUGACUAGCAUCGUUCUGAAACGUAAUGUUACCAUGCUGGACAUCACCAGCACCCGUAUGCUCGGCCAGUAUGGCUUCCUUGCCAAGGUGUUUUCCACAUUUGAAAAGUUGGGCAUAUCUGUGGAUGUUGUCGCAACCAGCGAAGUUAGCAUUUCCUUGACGUUGGAUCCUUCAAAGUUCUGUAGCAGAGAGUUGAUUCAACAGGAACUUGAUCAGGUGGUAGAGGAACUUGAGAAGAUAGCUAUUGUAAAUCUGCUUAAACACAGAUCAAUCAUCUCUCUCAUCGGAAAUGUUCAGAGAUCAUCCUAUAUACUAGAGAAGGGAUUCCGAGUUCUCCGAACCAAUGGGAUUAACGUCCAGAUGAUCUCCCAGGGUGCAUCUAAGGUAAACAUCUCGCUGAUAGUGAAUGAUGAUGAGGCAGAGCAUUGUGUGAAGGCUCUUCAUUCAGCCUUCUUUGAGUCAGGCACCUCCGAAGCGACCUCAGAACGCGCGUCCGGCUACUUGGCUGCUGCAUCUACGUGA